UGGUCUUUGGAAAUGGCUCAUUGGAGAAUGGUGGGUUGGUUGAUCCUAGUGCUAGUCUUGGCCCGUCCUGGGAUGUUGGAUGGGAAGGAUACAGAAGAAUAUGGUUUAACUUGUGGAGAAGAUGGGUUCAUGUAUACAAUCCCUAAGAGCCAAAUUGGAGAUUCAUUCCCUAAACUGAUGAUUAUGGGUAAGUGUUUGAAUUUUUUAUACUUUUCAACAAGCUAGUGGAGGCUGGGCUCAAAGAAUAGCAGGACAUUUUUGCCUCUGAAUCUGUAAUACUUCUUGCAUAAGAGGCCAUAGUUGUAAAACAGUUUUUUAAAGUAGGCCUGAAGACCAGCACAUGUUCUGCUUUUAAGGGAGUGGUCCUUUCACUGACUCUCGAUCUCUUUAUUAUAUUUAAUAUGCAUUUGUGAGGUUUAUAGAAAUCCAAACCCCUUCUUAUCCUCCAACUUGGUGUCUCCAUCAUAGCUGUAAACACCAUCUUUUCACCUGGCGGUCAGAAUGUAAAACUUAAAUAUUAAAAUGGGUUCAAAAGACUGGUCCAUUAAGUUCAGCUUUUAUGCCCUAGAAAAUGCAAUUUCAAGUGCAGAAACUAAACCAUGCUUCUGUCUUGUCUGUGCUGCAUUCUGAAUCUUUAAUCUAGUUAAGAGAACUAGGCGUCAACUGACUUCUUCCCCCACCCCUUCGCCACACUGUAUCACUAAUUGUAUGCUAUACUCAACCUUGCUGUAGUUUACGCUUUAAAUGUCCCAUCUCUUUCCUAUACUUGGAUGUCAUGUUUCAAUAAGACCAAUCAUAUUGACAGGCACAGAGCCCUCCAUGGGAAAGCAUUGUGUUGGGGUUGUUUUUUAUUUAUUUAUUUAUUUAUUUUUUUUUUCUGUGAGGAAGCUGGAAUGUGCUCACCGUACAACUGGUCCUCAAUGCUCAUCUGAGUAGCAUUGGGUACAUAACAUGGCUAUCUGGAUGUCCUUGCACACUGAUCCAAACAGAGACCUAAUGUUUUGUACAUAUGAAACUUGAGUGAAUGCUUCUGUAGAUUAAAGGGACACUAUAGUCACCCAGACCACUUCAGCUCAAUGAAGUGGUCUGGGUGCCAGGUCCCUCAGGUUUUAACUCUUCACAUGUAAACAUAGCAGUUUCAGAAACUGCUGUUAACACUUGGGGUUAAUCCAGCCUCUAGUGGCCGUCUUUGUGACAGCCGCUAGAGGCACAUCUUCGAUGCUGGAUGCGAAUUUCGCAUGCAUCGUGCAGAGCGUCCAUAGGAAAGCAUUGAGAAAUGCUCUUUAUAUGGACUGUUUUAAUGCAUGCAGCACUUGCUGCGCCUGCACGUUCCGCUCCACUUGAGCUGGCAGGGGAGGAGAAGUCACCAGCACCGAGGGAGCCUGGUGCUGGAAUAAGGUAAGCUGCUUGAAGGGGUUAAAACCCUUCAGCGCCACAGGAGGGGGACCCUGACUGUGUGGACACCCUCAAGACACUAUAGUGUCAGAAAAACCACUUUGUUUUCCUGACACUAUAGUGAUCCUUUAAAUAUCUAACUCAUUGUUUCCUCUGUGAUAUAAGUAAGAUUACACUUUCAACAGCAGCCUUGUGCUUAGUAUAGAAUUUUUAAAGACCUCUGCAUCAGUGGAUUUUAUAAUGUAUGGUCUGCAGCUGCUGGCUCUACCCCUGAUCUACCUACUUGGCUGACAUAAUCAGAAGUGCUGUUCUGAGCCAAUCCCAAUGCUUUUAUAGGAUUGGCUGAGACUGUCAGGUGCAGUUAGCACAAGCCUGGCCAAUCAGCAUAUCUGAGAUGAAGUAAAUCAAUGAAUCUCUAAGGAAAGAUCUCAAUGAAGAGCGUGGAGACACUUAAUGUCAGUCACCCUGUGCAGCACUGCCCCAGGAAGCACCUAUAGCAGCAGUCUGAGUGGCCUGUGGAGGUGUCCCUAGGCUUUAAUAUAAACACUGCCAUUUCUCUGAAGACGGUGUUUACUGCAAAAAGCCUAUAUGGAAUGAUUCUACUUGCUAGAAAAACUACAAUAAGCUGUAGUCCUAGUUGCUAUAGUCAAAUUUUAAGGAUACAUGCAUGCAAACUCUUAUUUACUCUGUAUUCUCUAUACAGUUAAAGGAAGUCUGCAUGAAUUAACAGAAGAUGUUUCAUGUGGCUCCAACCUAACAGAACAUUCUGAUGGUUCUUUAACAAUUACUGUGUCCUACUAUGGAUGUUACGUCAGCCAAAUGGUAGGUUUAUUUCUUUCUGAAUAUUUCUAGGUUUUACUCCAUGAUCUUGCAUUGUUUGAUCACUAAACUGGAAGAUUUAAAACCUUGUCAAGAGAUGAUCAGGGUGACAAUUUGUCCAAAAGCUUGCCAUUCCCUUGCAUUUCACUUGGCUGUUUUCUGUGCCCUAAUGCGUGCCUAUGCCAACCAUUGGUUGCCCCCUGAAGUAGCACGUGAAUUAUAAACUCUGGGGUAAGAUGUUAUGGAUGAGUGCAUGGAGAUUAGCCAAUCAGAAUAUAGCAUUUUGUAUUCUCAACCAGAAUGUCCACUAAUUUUGUUUGUAAGCCUUUAAAUUGUUGGUGCCUUGCUGUACUCAUUCUGCACCAAACUUCAUUCUAAGUGCAGGUUGCUCAAGAAUGAUCCUAUUGUAGUCCACUGAGUCAAAACUACUUCCUAUAUUGUUAUAAAAUGGCUGAUAUGGUCUCUCCCCCAGGAUGACUCAUUUGUGAUGGCCCUUACUAUUUCCUAUAAAGAUGACUAUGGGGCAUGGAAGAUCCCUGAGGAAAAAGAACUGAAGUGCCCAAUCAGGCCAGGUAUGGAAUGUGUAAGCAUGGUGAACACCAUUCUGAAAACAGGAGUGGGCGGGGGAACAGCAGCUCCAUUAACCUGUUAUAAUUUAUCAAUGUCUUGCGUGUUAAAUUUCCUCCUCUAUAACGUAAAGUUCUGUGCAGUAAGUAGGCACAAUAUAAAGGUUGAUGUGUCCUAUGGCUGAGCCUUGCAGUGUACAUCUGAUUAGAUGCAAUGGGUGUCUAACACUCCGUAUAAUCCAAGUAUGAAUUCCAAGGUAAUAUGAAUUUGGACCACAGUCUAAUGUACUCAGUGUAUGGAGUCUGUCUAUUGGCUAGGAAGAUUGUUGAAAUGUAACUUGUCAUCUGUUAAAGCGGCACUGUCAUGACAAACUUGCCUUUCUUUAAUCAAUUCCUCCUCUCUCCCUCUGUCAGGAUCUAUUCAUUUCUUCCUGUCUGCUCUACUUGUCUUUAAAACAUAAGACUACUUGUCUUAUGGAGGUUUCCUACACUUGACCAGCAGAGGAGCAAAGUGUGCUUCAUUUCUGGUGGUCAGAAAUCUUCCCACAGUUCUAAGCUUUUCUCCCUGUUCCUGUGAGGCUUCCUGUCAGUAUUGCUCAACGUCCUGUCAUUUAGACAGGAUGCCGGCAAAAUUUCGUCCUAACAGAAUAAGAACAGUUUCUCCAUUCGUGUUAGGACGCAAUUCAAGAUUUUAUUUGGAUCACAACUUCAUUCGAGGGGAAACUCUGAUCCGACUCAGGAGUGGCUGUAUCUUGCAGCCGCUUAGUAGAUAACUCCCUAAUUCCCACAGUAUCAGGGAGCAAGCUACCAAAAGGCUGAAAGACCUCAAUUGGGCUCAGCCACAUUUACUAAUGCUAAGUAAAGAUUACUUGGUAUUAGGAAUUUCUGCCCCUGCUCACAAUACCAUGAGUAGGGGCAUGUCUGUUAAACAGUGAGUAGCUUGUAGCCACUCAUAUGGGGAACCUAGUACCACAUCUGGGUGGGGGCCCUAAAGGAUAAUGGGAGGGGUUUAGUCCCCACCCAUUUCUCAGAGGUGGGGGGACAUAAAUGAAGUGUAGGGUUGUGGGGUUUUUUGUGUGUGGGUUUUUUGGGGGGGUGACUAGGGGCUUGGGACCCCUGGAGCCAGUAGCUCCCUCCUUGUAAUAAACUGAACACUGAUAUUCAGUGUUUGUCUAACACUUCUAUUAAUUCGUCUUUCUGACGAAUGGAUGAAAUUCCUGUUCGCUUGCCCAAGUGUUUUUAACUGGGCAUGCAUGGGAUUCUCACAGGGCCUUCAACUACCCACACAAAGAUGGCGGCACCCAGAACAUGGGUCUGGGCAGAAAACAAAGAUGGGUGGGGGGAAAAAUAGGUAAUAUGGGGUGCUUAGAGGGGGUUAAAGGAUUUGGCCAUGAUGGUAACUCUUUAAAGUGUUAUCUCCUAUUGCUCAAUUCUGCCAACACACAUCGUAUUUGAGCAAUUCCACACCGUUCUGGUACCUCAGACUGGGCUGAUGAAAAUCAUUGCUUUAGAUGUCGCUUACUCUAAACAUUUGUGCAUGCGCUCUUAAAAUUCAUCUUUUCAGCCAUGGAUGCUCCAAGCCCCAGUCAAUGUGCCACCAUAGACAAGAGAGAGCGGCUCCUCUGCGGCAACGCAUCAGUCAGCAGUAAUCAGUGUCAGAGUCUGGGUUGCUGUUAUGAUCCCAGCGACCGUGUGAAUACCUGCUACUACGGCAAUAAAGGCAAGCUUGUAUGUGUUAAAAUGCUCCAUUGUCCCCUGUGGGUUGCUGUGUUCCUCAGGCUCAAGAUUAGUCUGCCAUAGAAUCCAUGAGGUCCCCAUUCUAGAAAUGGAUGCUGUAAUAGCUGACAAACAACCCUUUAGCAAUCCCUCCAAGACAUUCAUCAGUGAAUUUAAGUCUAUAUGAAAGUCACAUCUGUAAUGUAUCUGGUCUAUUGGUCUAACACUCAGUACAAUAGAUUUGAUCUUCUGACAUUGCAUGUCUAGGGGUUUAAAAUAAUCCUCCCUUCUGAACUGGUUUUUGUGCAGCUUCCUACAUGUUGGUAAAUAUAAAGAGCCAAAUUCAGAGAAUUUAUAAGAAACUCGUCCAUGUGUAGACCUGUCAUUUCCCACCCACUGUAUAUCUGACUUUAAUAGGUAAGAAUCCCACCUGACACCAAAGACUUGUCUAUUUUAGUGACUGCCCAGUGCACAAAUGAUGGGAUCUUCUCUGUGGCAAUCUCAAAAUAUGUAACCCUGCCGAAUGUUGACCUGGGAGCAGUGAAACUGACCAGAGCUAUCGACACAAACUGUGGACCAACUACCACAACAGACUCCUUUCUUCUCUUCCAGUUCCCUCUCUCUGCAUGUGGAACAACUUCUAAGGUUUGCCUGAUCUAUCCUUCUAUUAAUCAAUGUAUCUUGUUGUGGUUAGACAUCAUGGGGUGGUGCAGAAUUUAACUGCAGAGAAAUCUACAAAGACUAGCAAGUGGAUAGACCUACAAUGCUGAACCAGUUCUCUCAAUUCUUGCAUAUUGUGGGAUCUGUAGUUUGACUGUAACUUCCUUGUCACAGCUUGUAGGCAGUAUCCUUUUCUAUGAAAACGAGCUCAUGGCAAAAAGGGCAGUGCAGACCUGGCAAGGAUCCUCAAUCACUAGAGACAGCACCUUCAGGUAAACCAGUACCUCCUGUGACAACCUGCUCUGAUCAUUUGACUUGUUUAAUCUCUUUAAAUGCCUCCUGCUGGAGUGAGUUGACAAAUACAAGCUACCAGAGCUGUGGUGAUAUGGGGGCAGUUGAACUGCCAUAACCUGAAUUUCAUGUAUUCAGGACAAAACAGAGGGUGUUUAGGUGGAUGCCAACUCGGAUAUUUUCAAACUUAGUUCUCAGUUACCAUAUCAGUGAAUAUUCUUGGUAUGCAUGGAUGCUUAACUUGCUUUCUGAGCACUCAGAUGCUUCUUCAAGAGCUGUCACUUCACGUGUAGCACAACCAAACUGCUAACAAAGUUGGCUUUUUUUUUCUGCCUUGUAUCUGUUUGUGGCUAACCAUCUAUGCUUUCAGUUCAAGUAUAACUUAACUGUAAAUUUGUUCAAACUUCUAUAGGCUGACCAUCCGCUGCAGUUUAUCUUCAGAAAUGCAAAUUCCAUUACACAUACCUGUAAAUGUCUUUACACUCGCUCCACCACCAGGAGUGACCAGUCAAGGUCCGCUAAGUCUGGAGUUGAGGAUUGCAAAAGGUAACCAGAAAAAAUAGCUGCAGCUGGUCCCUAAAUACAACAUAAAUUUAUAGCAUUUUAAGGGAACAUUACAAAAUCUUCCCUCAACAUGUGCUCCUGUCUCCAAGCUUAUGUUCCUCUUUAACCUACACACUGUGAUACUGUCUUGCAACUAGUGAAUUAAAGAUCACUUUUAAAUAAAAACAAACUGAUCAUAAACAACUUGCAAAGAUAAACUGAGUUGGAGAACUUUGACUUAAGUGGUUGUCAAGAUAAAAUUCACUAACUAAAUCCCUACUAAUCUAAUCACUGCAGAUACAACUUUAUGGCUACUGACCAAAUAUCCCUCUUGCAGAUGUUAGGUAUACUCAAUAUUACACGGAUGGAGAGUAUCCAAUUUUAAAGGUGCUGAGAGAUCCAGUGUUUGUGGAGGUCCGUCUCUUGCAGCGAGUGGAUCCACAAUUGGUACUGUUCCUUCAGCAGUGUUGGGCAACCCCAACAGUCAAUCCCAUUAAUCCCAUACAGUGGCCUCUUCUGCUGAAUGGGUAAGGAGCUAAUUAAACAAACCAGUCCUACUCUUUUGCAUGUAAAAUGGUAUGAGCCUGUCCGGCUAACUGAAAAAAUAACUAUUACUGUCAUGUUGCUCCAUUGUAAGUGGUGUGGAUUCCCCCUUUACUGCUGCUUCUAGCAACUCAAUGUCUGAGGCAGGAAAUGGCACCACGCAGACCCUAGUUAAGAAGUCACUGUUCUAAAAUGGCUGGAUUAAUUACAGUGGGGGCCACCGGUACACUCCUGGUACCAUAAACAAUAUAGUGGACCACAGUGGUCAGGGUGCUUUGCAUGUUCCUCUUAACUUCUGAAUCUGACUUAUUUUCUCAAGGCCUUGUCUAUAAAAUGGUCUCUGCUUAAAUGUAACUUUUGGGGGGGGGGAUUUUUUUUUUUUUUGCAUUGUAGAGAAAUCAAGGUUCUGGUUCCUAACACGACUCCUGUUAUAAACGAUACAAAGCAUCCAAAAAAUACAAUUAAUUCAGACCUAUAAGCAGUCUUGGUAACGCUGAUGGUGCAAACAAGCUAAAGGUCAGCUUAUGUAAGCACUUAUUGCAUUGGAAAAACUUACAGGUUCCCCUGGCAUUUAACUAAACCAGUAAAACUUUCCCUAGUGUUUAGUCAGUUAAUGCCGGUCAACCCCUUAAUAAAAGGUUUGGUGGAAAAUAUAACCUUCGAAAAUGCUAGGAUACAUGUAGCAAGGACUCAAUCAAUGUUAACUGUAACACUCUGUUCUAGGUGCCCAUUUCCAGGUGACAACUACGCAACAUUGAUUUCCUCUAUAGACCAGUCUGCCUCCGGUAUACAAUUCCCAUCUUACUACAAGCGGUUCAUCGUGGACACUUUCACCUUUACAGAUGCAACAUCACAACCUUUGCAAGGCAAUGUAAGAAGGAACAGAUCUCAUAGUUAACUUUAAUUACUCUUGUGUAGUGAAUGUGGGUGUACCACUUGGAGGAAUUGCUCUAAACUGGUGAGUGGUGUUCUAUAUAAGACAUGGCAAUUGCAUGGUAGAUUGUGGUGCUAAUUAAGUCAAUGUAUCCCUCUAGGUGUAUUUUCACUGCAGUGCCUCAGUGUGUGCGCAGUCUGCCACCCAGUCCUGCUCUACAGUCUGUCCUACCGGAUGUAAGUAUCGCAGCUUAAAAUGUGUUAAGGAGACUUUGUCCUGCCAUUAUAGAUAAGUUGCUGAAGCAACUUUAAUUUCUGCUUCAAACUAGAAUUGAAGAUUUGUGUAGCUCAAAUACUGAGCAUCCAAUACAGAAUUUCUGGCCUCUCCAUCUGUAAAAUCUAGCUAUUUUGGGUCUUAACUUGGAAACCCCCCCCCCUCUUGACUAAUCACAUUCUUUUUAAAUAAAUAAGGUCUUAAAUUUUAUUUUUAAAAAUUAGGUGUUUUCAUGCUCGCUCACUCCCUAUAGUUUUUGUGACUUUAGUUGUAUCAGGAAGAUCAAAGAAGCAUGUGUAUCAACCAAAUAUGAAUAUGGUGUCUUCUCAUGGACCUAUAGACUUCAGAGUUUCUCCAGAAAAUUUAAAAAUGAGAGGUAUGUUUAAACUAUGCCACUUUCUAAAAAGAGAAACUAAACUUAUUGCCUGAAUAACACUUUCUCUCUUUAUCUCUAGAGUCCAGGGCAUCUGCUGUCAUGACAAGUGUAUUGUGGGUUGGAAUUGUAUCUGCACUGGCUGUGGUCUGUGUAGCAGUGGCAGCCAUGGGUAUCUGGAGAUUUUCUGUAAAAAGAAAACCGAAUGUGACACUAGUGAACAUGUAACACUAAAACAACUUGAUACAACUGCAGUUCCAGACUGACUCACCUUCAAAAUACAGUCUUUAAAGCUAGACUAAUCCAGUACCACAGAGCACCACUGGCAUACUACACUCAUGAUUUGUUACUACAUUCCUUGCUUUGUUGGACAAUCUCAACAACUACAGAGUUUAUUUACAAUUUCUGUGAAAUAACCAUCUACAGUAGAGGUUCUGUCAGUCAUCCCUGUAACUAAGAUGACAGAGCAAUGGUCAGAACAAAUCUUUAGGCUAAGAUGUUUGACCCUUAAUCCAUCUGACGUAAUUGUGCAUUAUUGUACCUCUGCUUUCAUUGGCAAAUCUAAACAAACUUCUAUUGUGUAUACAUCUGCAGAAAUGUAACUUUGUAUGUGCAAUCAAGAAUAAAUG